AUGCAAUCCGAAAGCCUCAGCUACGCUCAAGCCAUUGAAGUCUUUCUUCAGUUUGAGUUUGAGAAUCAGCAAGAGAAGAACAAUGAGCUUGAGGAUGAGGAGCUUACGCUGCCAGCUGCAGUGAGGAAGCCCAAGGCCAAGGCAGCACCGCCAAAGGAUCCCAAGCAGGACAAGGAAACCCCUUCCACCAAGCGCAAGGGCCAGGACCCCGCAGAGAACCCAACAAGCAAGAAAAGCAAGGGCCCCACAGCCGACGCAGCCGAAGCCGACAAGCCAGCACGCAAAACAAGCAACAACUCCAAAGCUGAGGCCCCAACAGAGGCAUCGACAACUUGCACUGAGAAGACAAGAGGCAAGAAAAGCAACAGUGCCAAAGCCCCCUCGGAGCCAGUGUCCACAGACCCGAGUGAGAUGAAGCAGAAGGAGAAGAAGAACAAGGCCAAGAAUAAGACUCCCAAGCCUACAGCUCCUGAAGAAGAGGCGCCCGAAGACACAGAACAUCCCGAAGCAGCAGCUGAACCCGAAGCCCCAGCCCCAGCUGUGACAACCAAGAAGCUGAAGAAGAAAAAGAAAGCAGCUGCAACAAACCAUGCGAGCUCAGAGCAUGGGAAUGACAAGAAAAGGCCAGCAGCAGCAGGAGCCAAUGCAUCGGGAUCGAAGAUCAAGAAGCUCAAGGCACUGGAGGAUUUAGCGACAGCCGAGGCAGAAGCAGCCGAGGCUGUUUCGGGCAAGCAGCUAGAGGAGCAGCUAGAUGAUGAUCUUGCGAACAUGAUCAAGUGUAUCGAUGAGGCCGAUGAGGUGGCCCCUGGAACCCCACCGACCAAACAGAACCGCCGCCGUCACAGUAAGAAGCGCCCAGCCACCCCAAGCGGGGCCCCGAAUGAAAGUGAGGCUGAGACCGGUGAUGAUGGUGAUGGUGGUGAUCGAAAGGAGGCUCCGGAGGAGCCGUGGUCGCAGGAUCGGCAGCCGGAUGAUCCGGAGCUGCUGAAGACGGGCUGGUCUUGUCUCAGCCUCGAGCUGGGUGAGAAGCAGAUCGACAGCAGCAACCCGCCAGUGGACAACGCGAGCACGAUCAUCAACGAGAAUGCCUCGGUGACCGAGCUGAUCGAGUUGGGGGCAUCGGCUUCGCAGGUGACCUCUAACCAGGACCUUGGGAACCUCCUAGCCAUGGUCGGGCAGUUGCAAGCGCAGCUGCAGAAGCAGCAGGCGGAGAAGAAGCAGGCAGAGAAGCCUGCUCAGGAGCCCGAUUCGGACUAUGAUGGUCUAGCUUGGGAUGAGGGUCAGGAGUGUGAAGCAGAGGCCGAGGACAUCUUGAGUGCACAGUCAGAGGUUAGUACCGAAGCAGAGAAGAAGAAGAAGGAAGCCGAUUCCAAAGAGGCUGCCCUGCAAAGCCUCCGCUCGACCCACAACCUGAAUCCUGCCCCUUCUGCUGCUGCUCCUCAAUAA